AUGAAGGCUACCUACCUUGCCCUCAGCUCCCUGUUCCAUAUAGCACAAGGCCAACUCGAGGAAGGAUACUGGAAAAAAGCAGGUCCCAAUGACUUUCGUGGACCAUGCCCAAUGAUGAACACGUUGGCCAACCAUGGCUUCCUACCUCGAGACGGCCGCAACAUCACUGUCGAAAACGCCGUUCAUGCCCUGGUAUCAGGCCUAAAUUUUGACUCAUCGCUGGCUGCGAUAAUGUGGCAGGAAGCAGUCAUUGUGCCGAGUGCAGUACUCAGAGGGUGCUAUAUUAUCUACCGAAGGGUCUGUAAUAGAGCAAAGGAGAUAGAAAUACUCUCAAUAAGUCUUUAA